GACAUCACUCGGCACAAGACUACAUUCUGAAAUAUCGAAUCUUCUUCGUUCUUCACAAGCAACGAAACAUUGUCAACUGUCAAACGAAGCUAUAGGAUAUACUACUACACAGCCGUCAUCUUUGGUUUUCUACACACCGAUGUAAUGGACAUUUCUCCUCGAUUUCUGUGGAUCUUUCACCCGUUUCUGUUCAAUGAUGUUCAGUGAUUUUGUUUGGGUUUUCUUCACGCAGUCUAAGCAGUGACCAAUGUUGCGUAAAAAUGGCAGAAUUUUCAGUUUCCUUUGCACUGGGAUGUUAUUAUUUUCAUGGUUUAACGGAGUCUUAGGUCAAAAUACGCGGUUCUCUGAGAAGGAUUUCCGAAGAAAGUUUUCAGAGAAUGGGUCAAGGAAGCAAGGGAUUUCUACGGAUAAAAAGUCGCUUUUCAAAAAGAGGACGAAUGAGUUUCACCAUAGACAGAACGUUGAUGGAAAUCCUCAAGAUAAAGCCAAGCAGGAAUCAAGAAAUCUAUUAUCAAAAGCUGCAAGCAAAACGCAUGUAAAACGAUAUCAUUUACAGCAAAGUAUUCCAGUAUUCCUCCCGUCAUUACCAGACGGUAUAUCAAGAGAUAUCUCACUUAGCAGGAGAUAUAAACCAAGAAAUUACAAUUCGAAACCUCUCAAGAAGAUACCACGAAGAACUGACAAACUGCAGCAAAAUGUUCCUUUAUUUCUUCCAUCCACGCAGGAUGAUAUCUCAAAGGAAAUCACACUCCGAGGUCCUAAUAUGGGUUUACCAUCGUCGGCUUUUCAAACGGAUAGCAAAACUCGCCCGCCUGAAACUUGUCAACACCGGACAAUCUUACGGAAUGUGCGUCUGAAACACGGGAGGAAGUUGGCGACGUUUGAAUUACGUGGUCGUGUUGGAACUAUGGGUAAAUGUUUGGAAAAAUGUUGCAGAAGGCGUUGGUGUGAUCUAGCAUUCAAAGUUGGCGGGUAUUGUUACUCCGUUCACUGCCCCACUGACGAGGCUUGUGAGCCUGCGAGCGCUCAGGAUUCCGGGACGCCUUCGGAUUACGUGCUGUUAGAAAGGCCACGGGAUUUGAACUAUAAAAGAAAUUUAAUCCCAGGCGCAGUAGGACAAGGGGGAAAGAUUCUAACAGUUCAACUUAACAUCACCAAUGAAAAAUGGAGAGCACCUUUGGCCGACCCCGAAUCACUGGAAUUUUUGAACGUCGCUGAACGUGUUGAAAAUGCUGUGUCGAUUCUUCUCAAAACUGUUGUCGGUUUCAAAAGUUGCGAGGUCGCCAGUUUUCGUCCAAGUCCUCUGAUAGCAAACGUGACGCUGAAAAUAUUAAAUUCGAGCCACGCCAACGAGACAGGUUCUUUCUUGUUGAAAGCUGUCGUGGCAGGGAAGAUGGAUUCCACCCUGGAAGACGCUAGUGAACAUUUUAAACUAUCUCAGGAUGGUUUUGAAUUAAAGUCAUCGCAAGGAAAAAGCUUGGUUUGUCAUUCUGAAAUUAAUUAUCAAGUUAUUUGGAGUUUGAAGAUAUAUGGUGAAUCUGAUAUCCAGCCUUGUCCACGGGGCGCCCAGGGCGAAUGUUCACGGCUUUGUUUGGGAAGUGAGACUGAGACAGCGUCAUGGGAUGUGCCAAAUUUCAGUGGCUGUACUUCGAUUGAGUUUAGGAACUUGCACGAAAAGGCAAAGCAGCUCAAGAGCGAGGCACAAGCAAAGCUACCUUUGGAUCAGAUCGAAACUAAGCUCGGUAUUAAACAUACUGAAGUUCUUAAAAAGCUUCAGAAACUGACAUAUCAUCACACGUUCCGUGAACAAAUUAUGAAGCAAGAAGAUACAAACAAGACGAACAAGACUAAUUACCAAACGUUUCGAGAUUCACACAAGAUUAAUAAACUCUAUAAUACUACAACGAUGAAAACAAACCAGCAAAGAGAACCGUUCAAACCUCAACCGAGACCUCAAGAACUGUUAUCUUUGACCAAUCAACUGUUAAAUAUCAAGAAGCAGCCAGGAGAGAAAGUUGGAAUGGACAAGAAAGGAAGGAAGAUGCAAAAUGAAAUUAAUCGCACUUUGUCGAUUGUGGAUAAAAUCGGCCUCUUGCAACCCAAUGCCUCUCUUCAUGGUUCUGAACCAGCCCGACCCGGCAGUUAUCAUAUCUUAAACCACACUGAUCCUGGUCCAGUUCACCACCCUUCUGACACGAACAACGCUUCAUCCCUGGUACCGCACGAACCAAGCUCAGUACAGCACGAAUCUGGCGCAGCACAGCACGAACUUAGCCCAGCACAGCACGAACCUGGGCCAGUACAGCACAGACCUGGUCCAACCCAACACGGACCUGGUCCAGUACAGCAGACACCUAGUCCACUAAAGCACGAACCUGGUCCAGUGCAGCACGAACCUGGUCCAGUGCAGCACGAACCUGGUCCAACACAACACGAGACUCACCCACCUCCGCACGCAAUUCCUCCACGUUCGAACAAAACUCGCUUACCAAUCAUUGAUCCUAUUGAACGUCAACGCGAUCCUCAGCCAAUCGUAGAGAAAGGUCAAAACCGAAACGAUGUCUCUGUGUCCGUGAGCGUGUCUGGUGAGUUCGGCGAACCAGCUGAAAAUGAAACCGAUCUUUCUGGCGUGUUCUUAAAAAGCGGAACGGACAAUAUACGAAGUCGUAUACCUGCCUCGAGGGGUUUUAAAACUCAGAGUAGUCAUUCACUUGUGCAGGGACCCACUUCCAUUAGCAAGAACAUUGCCCAGAGGGGCAAUCUUCCGAGAUCAAGUCCUCGUGGUGUUAAUGAUCCCAUAGUGUCAAAACACCGGGGUUCCAAGACCGUAUCUAAUGCCUUGUUAAAGUGGCUGAAUGCAGGACUGAAGAAAUAUGAUACUCAUUUAAACUCUUUCAGGCAGAAAACAAGGCUUCGUUCUCCAUUGUCGAGCUCCCAUUCCACACAGGAGUAUAAUACGCCUUUAAAAGCCCCAAAGAGAGUUGAGAUGCCUCACCCACGAACGUCGCUGGAUAGCCAAAGUAAUCCAACUCAUGCAUUCUUCAAGCGCUCCUUUAUACUGAGGCCAGAGUCAGGGGAACGAGUGAGGGUAAGACGACAAACUGAGGAAUGGAAUCAAGCUCACAAUUACUACACUACAUCAGUUUAUGACAAUGAUCCUAGACACGAUAAUCCUUCAAACAGAUAUUCCUCUCAUACGGAUCCUUCAGACGAAGACCAAAUGAAAAAUAAAAUUAGAUAUCCUUCAGCAAGUAUUGAGGAAAAGCCUUCUGAUGGUGAUGCACAGAAGAGAGGAGCAAAUGCAAUGAAAGGCAGCGUUUCACCUGUGAUCAAUAAAAAUGCGUAUUUCACAGGAAUUAAUGUAAACUCCCAGCCAGAAGAAAUGAAGAGUAGCGAAACUAAUCCAAUGCCUGGUCAUUCUUCAUCAUCACUUGCAGCAGGAUCGUCACUUGAUCGUCCAGAUGUUCCUGCCCCAUCGUCUUCAUCAAAGUCAUCAAGGGAGUCAAAUCCUUCACCCGCAUCCCCACGUUUAUCAUCUUAUGAAGAUAACCCUCCCCCUCGUCCACUUUCACCUCUGCCAUCAUUACAGCCGCAUGAUUCUCAAACCCCAAAACCUCCUGUCACUCCUCCAUUUCCAUCCUUUGACAAUCCCCCACAUCGUCCUUUAUCCCCACCUCCUGCCUUACCGAGGCCACCCUCUGUGUAUUCAUCGUUUAGAAACCCACCAAGUAGUUCACCAAUCUCGUCACCUCCACCAUCCUCUGAUACUCACACCUCCUCUCCGUUACAAUCCAACCCUGCCCCCGCAUCCCCUUCACAUUCGCCAGAACCUCCAAGCUCUCCUGCCACAACCCCUCCUGCAUCACCUCCGUCAUAUUACCCUGCAUCCCCCUCUCAUCCUCGCCCACCGUAUCCUGCACCUUACCCUGCACCUUAUCCUGCACCACCUCCACCCUAUCCUGCACCUUAUCCUGCACCACCUCCACCC